AUGGGGUUCAAAGAGCGAUUUCCUCGAUGGAUUACACUUGUACUAGCGACAGUGCAACUACUUCUCACGGCAGCUAUUGCAGGGUUAGAAUUUGGCUCGUUUUACUAUGAUGUUGCGCAUGGUACUAUCUGGGCAGGAUUUUGGUCCUGUCUAAUCUUCAUUCCAACGUUUCUAAUGAUGUUUUUCAUCACUUGUUGUUGUCGUGGUCGUUGUUGUGCAACAUACCUGUUGAUUUUGAACAUUUUGAGUGGAUUAUUGGCGGGUGUUAUUAUAUACUUCGAUGCCUACUUUCAAGAUAAUAUCUGUAAAUGUUACUUAGGCGAUAAUUUAUGCUGCGCUCUACGUGAUAUCAAAAGUUUCAAUUCGGCAUAUGGGGAAAUAGCUAAAAACUGUACACCGAUCUAUCUCAACGGUGUGCAAACAUCAGUCGAUCAAUGCUACAAGUCGCCUCCAACGGAUAAAUAUGUUUUUCUCAAAGCACAAAUAGGUUGUGCGGUAGGAAUGAUAGUUGCUUGUGCAUUGUAUGUUGUUGCCUACUUCUACGGAUGUUAUCUGCCAAAGUUACCGAACAAUAUGGAAAAGAAUUUGACAACAACUAGAACGCGUGCAUCAGUGAACGAUACCGAUGUUACCGUUCGGACAUCUGAACUGGUAACAGAACCUUCACGUGUUGCUCAAAGAUUGUGCAAAGCCCGGAGACAAUUCAUGCCUUUUUUCGUCUUCAUGCUCGUCACUUUCACUUCUGGCUUCGCCAUUAUAAGUCUUUUUUCUUUCUUUGGAUUUCACAAACUUAGAAACUUGCCGAAACGACCAAAUGCACUCACAGCAAUAGGUUUCUGCACAAUGGGAGGAUCUUGUUUUUCAUUUCUCCUGUUCCUAGUAUUUUGUUGUCUUCAUCAUAUUCAUUCUGCACAUGUCAGAGACUAUGAGGACAUUAUUCAACUCGAUAACGAUUUAUGGCGACGACAAGUUGAUUCGAUCCGUGGUAGUGUUCCUGCAAUUGAAACCAGACAGUUUCGUGUACCCGCCAAUUACGCGGAGUUGAGAGAACGCCCUUUCGGGCACCUUCUAUUCAACAGAACGGCUAUUGUCAUCGAUGAAAUUAUGCAUAUCGAAUACGCUGGGUGUAGUAUAUGUCAUAUAGAUGUGAUCGACAGCACUCAAGAACUUGGACUGAUUCUUCGUUUAUUUAUAUCCACACGUCUGAACGUGUCCACCGAAUGCUUCAUCGAUGACGAUCCACACGAUUUCGAAGUUUGCCUCUAUAUGCCUCCACAUAUUCAACUAGAAGAGUUGCUUCGAAUCCGACAAAGUAUUUAUAACAAUUCAUGUAAACAUCGCAAGCAAAUAAGAUACUCUGGAAAUGGCAGAAACGUUUAUCGAAUGGAGACAGUUACUGCGUGA